CUCCGAUCAGCCGUGAACGUCUUGUUUACAUCCGGUGCGUCGAGCCGUCGAGAACUUUGGCCUUUGCCUUUUUUCAUUCUCAUCCUCGCGACUCGAAACCAUGGCCACGUCCUUGCUGAAGGUCUGCGUUCGCGGCUUUUCGUCGUCGGCGGCCGCCUCGGCGGCCAUCAAGAACGUGACGGUGAUCGGCGGCGGCCUGAUGGGCUCCGGAGUGGCCCAGGUGGCGGCGCAGGCCGGCCAGAAGGUGACCCUGGUGGACGUGAACGAGAAGGUGCUGGGCAAAGCCAAGGACAGCAUCGCCGCCAACCUGGGCCGCGUGGCCAAGAAGAAGUUCAAGGACGCGCCCGCCGACGGCGAGAAGUUCGUGGCCGGCGCCCUGGCCAACCUGAGCACCAACACGGACGCGUGCGAGGCGGCCAAGUCUGCUGACCUGGUGCUCGAGGCCAUCGUCGAGGACCUCAAGGUCAAGCACAAGCUGUUCAGCAGCCUGGACGCCGUCGCCCCCGCUCAUGCCAUUUUCGCUUCCAACACCUCGUCCCUGUCCAUCGAGGAGAUUUCUAAGGCUGCCCCCAAGAGAAAGGAAAAUUUCGGUGGCCUCCACUUCUUCAACCCCGUGCCUGUGAUGAAGCUUCUGGAGGUGAUCAGGACGCCAUUCACCUCGGACGAGACCUACAAGGCGAUGAUGGAAUGGGGCAAGGCCCUGGGAAAGGUGCCCAUCACCUGCCGGGACACUCCCGGAUUCGUGGUCAACCGCCUUUUGGUUCCCUAUUUGGCCGAGGCCGUGCGGCUGGUCGAGCGAGGAGACGCCUCCGCCAGGGACGUGGACAUUGCCAUGAAACUGGGCGCCGGUUAUCCGAUGGGACCCUUUGAACUUGCGGACUAUGUCGGACUUGACACUACCAAGUUCAUUCUCGAUGGUUGGGCAAAGAAAUUCCCUGACCAGCCGCUUUUCAAGCCGAUCAAGAUGCUGAACGAGAAGGUCGCUCAGGGCAAGUUUGGAGUUAAGACUGGCGAAGGUUUUUACAACUACAAGAAGUAAACAAAUAAUAUAUAUCGCAAUCUCUAAUCGAAUCUGAAAAUAUACAGUUAUUUUCAUAUGAUAUUAAUUUACCUUGCCUCUGUUGUUAAUUAUUUUGUUGAUCUGUCGGAAAUAAAUUUUUAAAGACUGCUGAAAA